AGACUUUGGCGCUAACUCGCAGUUGAAGCUUGAACGGUUGAACUGCCCACCCACCCCACCUGUCAUCGAUACGCGACAACGAAUGAAGAUGAUUCUCGGACUAUCUGAAGCUCUUCCGAGCAUCACGAAGCGCAAGUUCGAGGCUGCAAAGGCAUCGUCGGAUUUGCUGUUUUCGCCUACGGAGCUAGCCAUCAUCCGCUCAUCUGCAGGCAUUCCCUUCCAAUUACGAUACUGCCCGUCGCUUGCGAAGAAACCCAUACCGAAGCUCCAGAAUGCUACGCCCAAACAGAAGAUCGACCCGUUCGAGAACCCCCCACCAGCCCUUCACCUGGCCGACAUACCAGCCGCCAACUCAACCCACUUCCUCGUCCUCAACAAGUACCCCAUAAUAUCCGAGCACUUCAUCCUUGCGACAAAACCCAACAAGAAGCAAACACACGUGCUCGAACAGGACGAUCUGGAGGCGACCUACGCCGUCUUGAAAGCAUGGCAGGCAGACUCGGGCGGCGACCAGAAGCGUCUCCUCGCCUUCUUCAACUCCGGUGACCACAGCGGCGCCUCUCAGCCCCACAGACACUUGCAGUUCCUACCUGUAGAAGGAAUGCGCGAUAGCAACAACGCUAGUGACUGGGGCCUGCUCAUAGAUUUGAUCUUGUCGAGCCCGGCAGCCAAGGCCACUGAACACCAUCCCGCAUUUCUACAACAUCCUUCUCUGCCGUUUACGCACUUUGCAUACCCAUUCGACUCUGAGCCAUCAGGUACCCAGUUACUCGAUGUCUACAACCGUCUGUACGAUGCGGCGAAAGCGGCAGUCGACGCCUUCAUUUCCGCGAACCCGAACGACUUCUCUCUACACUCCACCGACGACGGCGAUCUACCCAUGAGCUACAACCUCGCCAUGACCACUGCAGGCAUGGUCAUUCUGCCUAGACGCGCCGAGGGCACGAUGCUUCACCGCGAUGACGGCAGUGAGAUCGGCUUCGUCGCUCUCAACGGUACAACGCUAGGAGGCACGAUGAUGGUCAAGCAUCAAGACGAGUGGAAUAUGCUACGCCACGAGUCAGGGCUGCUGGACCGCAUCCUGGGUGCGAUUGGCAUUCCGAAGCCUCCUUCAUCCAAAGUGGGCUCAUCCAACAUAUGACCGGACCUAGGUAGGAUCCACGUGGAGCAUCGCUAGCCAAGCUGGUCGAGCACGAUUGCGAACGAGCGAGUCCUUGCAUCCUUCUCCGAAUCCACACCAAAAAGAUCACAAGCAAAUGUAUAUGCGGACGAGUGAUAUCAUGCCCACUUUACGAGACGCGAAUGUCUAAGACGUGACGCGCACGCGACAAUGAGCAUGUGCCGCAUC